AUGAAGGACAGCAGCCUCAUUCCGAGUUCAGUGGCAAGGCUUGUUACCGAGCUUGCACUUGGCUUGCUGAAUUUCAGCAAAGGUGAUGUGUCAGCUGUGGAGGCCUGCAACUUGUGGUGCAAGGUCACGCCUUUGUUAUCGAAUGCUCGACGACUUCCACAGUCCACGCAGCAGACAUUCCCAAUCAUCGAGGCAGUGCACUGUGCCUUCAAGCGCUUGGAAGGGCCCAUCAAGGAUGCGGUCAUGGAGCAGGGCAAGAAAUGUGUGCAAGAUCAUGGCCUGAAAGGUCCUUUGGUCUACAUGAAAGAAUUUUCAGAGCUUUCACCAGCGCCGCCUUGCGUGAGUGAGUUCUUCAACCUCAUCAGGUCCUGGACCUCGAUAUCCCAGGAUUCCUUGAACGCGCGGAAUGCCACUCAUGACCAUCAAGCCCUGCUUCAGUCUUUGCCAUUGUUCGUCAGGAGGACAAGUGCCAUGGUCAUGGCUUCACUCACUGUGGCAGACCUUGUGGUGAACUCCCAUGCUUACCCCGAGAAGAAGCGUUCCUAUACUACAGCCAUCCAAUGCAUCGCCGGCGUGGGAAUCUCCAAAUCGGACCUAUGUGCAACACUUCGUGAGAAAGUGGAUGAGUGGCUUGACACUGAGAAGGCGGCACCAAAAAAGAAGGCUAAGGCUGAGAAGGCACCUAAGGAGAAUGGCAGCAAGAAGCGAAAGCAGUAG